AAACCCGAAAAAAACGGAACCAAAAGUCUCUGGGCCCUUAGCGCCAUCAAGCGGGCCGCUCGGGUCUGUUUCGUUGCGCUAAGGGUCCGGCUGGCUGGCUGCGCCCCGCCGUUUUCGCCUUGUACUCCGGCCGGCGCCACUUUCCUCUCCGCUGUCCUGCCA